GCCGGCCACUGGGGCGGCGAGCAGGGCGAACUGUCAACAACAGCUGAUUAUGGGGGAAGACCAGUGCCUAUGACAAUUAUUUCAAAAAUACGAUCUGGAAAUGGAGAAGCCAACCAGUUGCCCCACUCAGAAAGAGUUGUGUCCACACUCAUUUUCAGCAUUAUUCGCAGCAUGCCCCGCAUCGUUUACCUAGCCACCGUCCAAAGUACACGUCACCAACCUCGAUUUUUCGUUGCAAAUUUAUGUUAACGAUUAAGACACGCGGUAAAAAUGACAAGUAUACGAGAAAAGCAAAUAAAUGCAUUAAAGCAGAUGUUAAAUUUAAAUGAUCCGCAAGGUCGAGGACAAGCUGCUGAACCAGUUUGGAAGAUCCUCAUUUAUGACCGAUAUGGACAAGAUAUUAUUUCUCCUCUAGUGUCAAUAAAAGACCUUAGAGAACUUGGUGUGACACUUCACGUACAACUACACUCUGAUCGUGAUCCCAUCCCUGAAGUUCCAGCCGUAUAUUUCUGUAUGCCAACAGAGGAGAAUCUUGGUAGAAUAGGUCAAGAUCUACACAAUGGCCUUUAUGACUCAUAUCAUCUUAAUUUUAUAUCUCCUAUAAGUCGUCAAAGACUCGAAGACUUAGCUGCGGCAUCUCUUAGUUCAAAUUGUGUUUCUAGCAUCAACAAAGUUUAUGAUCAGUAUCUUAACUUCAUCUCCCUAGAAGAUGACAUGUUUAUUUUACGUCACCAGAAUAGUGAUUCAUUGUCCUACUAUGCCAUCAACCGUGGAGAAAUAAAAGAUUCUGAAAUGGAAUCGAUAAUGGACUCAAUUGUCGAUAGCUUAUUCUCAGUAUUUGCUACAUUAGGGACAGUGCCUAUUAUACGUAGUCCUAGGGGGAAUGCAGCUGAAAUGGUUGCUGAAAAACUAGAUAAAAAGUUACGUGAAAACCUUAGAGAUACACGGAACAGUCUUUUUAUGAUGGAUGCAUCUCAAGCAGGAACUUACAGCUUCCAGAGGCCUCUCCUGAUUAUCCUUGAUCGAAAUGUUGAUAUGGCUACACCACUUCACCAUACAUGGACUUAUCAGGCGCUAGCCCAUGAUGUUCUUGAUCUUGCUUUGAAUAGAGUGAUUGUAGAAGAAAGUGCUGGGCGUUCUCCAGCUGGAGGUGCAAAGGCAAAAACAAGAGCCUGUGAUCUUGAUUCUAAAGAUAAAUUUUGGAUGACACACAAAGGCAGUCCAUUUCCAACAGUAGCUGAGGCCAUUCAGGAAGAACUAGAGGAGUACCGUUCCUCAGAGGUGGAGGUCAAAAAGUUGAAAGCAUCCAUGGGAAUUGAUAAUGAUAGUGAUGCAGCAAUGGCAAUGGUAUCUGAUAAUACUGCUAAGCUGACCAGCGCUGUUAACUCAUUACCUCAACUUUUAGAGAAGAAGCGUCUAAUUGAUAUGCACACAACCAUUGCCACAGGUAUACUGAAUGCAAUCAAAACUAGACGGUUAGACACACUUUUUGAACUGGAAGAAAAGAUCAUGAGCAAGGCAGCUUUAGAUCGUAAUUUGCUGGAACUGAUUUCUGACUCGGAUGCUGGAAUCACCCCUGAUGACAAAAUGAGACUAUUCAUAAUUCACUACAUUUGUUGCAGCUCAAUGUCAGAGGUGGAAGUGGACAGGUUUGCUACCGCCUUACAAAAUGCAGGAUGUGAUCUAAAUCCACUGAACUACAUCAAACGUUGGAAGGCUUACGCUAAAAUGGCAGCUACAUCAAACCAGUAUGUUGGUGGCGGUACGAAAACUGUCAGCAUGUUUUCUAAGCUUGUUUCCCAAGGAUCCUCCUUUGUCAUGGAAGGAGUCAAGAAUCUUGUAGUAAAAAGACAUAACCUGCCAGUAACAAGAAUUGUGGAUGAACUCAUGGAGUUAAAGGCCUCUCAAGAGACGGAUGAUUAUCGCUACUUUGACCCAAAACAGCUGAGAGUAACUGAUGCAUCACAAGUACCACGCAACCGCACCCCAUUUCAAGAAGCUAUUGUCUUUGUCGUUGGUGGUGGCAAUUACAUUGAGUAUCAGAACCUUGUAGAUUACACUAAGUCAAAAGCUGGAGCUGGUGGACCAACCAAGAGGAUAAUAUAUGGCUCAUCAACUUUAAAUAAUGCCAAACAGUUUUUGAAGCAGCUGUCUCUUCUUGGUCAAGAGCUUCAGUGAAAGAAAGUACGCUAGUAUGAGUGACUCCAAUUGUUAACAGUGAGCAAAUGUGAGAAUGAUCUUGAAGUUUUGUUUAGGUGUCAUGUACAUAUGUCAAUAAAAACUGUACUGUAUAA